AUGCCCAGGGAAGACAGGGCAACCUGGAAAUCAAAUUACUUCUUCAAGAUCAUUCAAUUUGUGGAUGAUUACCCAAAAUGCUUCAUUGUGGGAGCAGACAAUUUGGGCUCCAAGCAGAUGCAGCAGAUGUGGAUGUCGUGUAGAAAGGCUGUAGUGUUUAUGGGAAAAAACACCAUGAUGUGCAAAGCCAUUUGUGGGCAUCUUGAGAACAACCCUGCCCUAGAGAAACUGCUGCCUCAUGUCUGGGGAAAUAUGGGUUUUGUGUUCACCAAGGAACACCUGACAGAGAUCAGGGAUAUGCUUCUGGCCAAUAAGGUGCCAGCUGCUGCCCAUGCUGGUGCCAUUGCCCCAUGUGAUGUCACCAUGCCAGCCCAGAACACUGGUCUGGGGCCCAAGAAAACUUCCUUCUGCCAGGCACUGGGUAUCACCACCAAGAUUUCCAGGGGCACCAUUGAAAUCUUGAGUGAUGUGCAGCUGAUUAAGACUGGAGACAAAGUGGGUGCCAGUGAGGCCACCUUGUUGAACAUGCUGAACAUCUCCCCAUUCUCCUUUGGGCUGAUCAUUCAGCAGGUGUUUGACAAUGGCAGCAUCUACAGCCCUGAAGUGCUGGACAUCACGGAGGAGACUCUGCACCUUUGGUUCUUAGAAGGUGUCCUCAAUGUUGCCAGCAUCUGUCUGCAGAUUGACUACCCAACUAUUGCAUCAGUCCCCCACUCCAUCAUCAAUGGGUACAAGUGGGUCUUGGCUGUAGCUGUGGAAACUGACUACACAUUCCCACUUGCUGAAAAGGUGAAGGCCUUCCUGACUGACCCUUCAGUUUUUGCUGUGGCUGCCCCUACAGGUGCUGCUCCAGCUGCUGCCACGCCAGCCAAGGUGGAAGCUAAGGAAGAGUCCAAGGAGUCUGAUGAAGAUAUGGGAUUUGGUCUGUUUGAUUAG